AAUGGAUCACGAUAGAGUUGAGAGAGAGAGAGAGAAAAAAAGAGGGUUAAGAUAAACAAAAAAAAAGACAGAAUGGGUAAGAACAAUACCAAAAUCCUCAUCACGGCUCUUGUGAUGGUUGUAACCGCCGCGAUGAUGAUUGAAGAAGCUACGAGCAUUCCCAUAUGUGGCGUCAACACAAACGACUUGAAGAAAUGUAGUCCAGCUGUCACUGGAAACAACCCACCACCUCCCACUCCCCAAUGCUAUUCUUCCAAGAACGUAUGA